UUCUGGGUAGAUCAUUGUUGAAACCAUCAGAGUAUAUUCGGUGGGCCAUGUGGUAUUAUGACCUUGCUGCCUCACAAGAUAGGGAUAAUGUUGCUUCUACUGAUGCACAAAUUAGAGGUAUUACUUAUCCUAUGCUAACAGGAACAAGUGCUUAUGAUUUGCCUGCCCAACAGGUUAAUGCACCUGAAGCUAUUCAUGUUCAGCUUGAGGAGAUCUGCCUUGAAGCUUGGGAUCAUGUACCACCUGAGGGAGAAAAGCAUGGUCCAUGGCUUAAAAUUAUUCAGGGAUCUCAGGAGCCGUAUGUAGAAUUUUUGGCUUGCCUUCAAAAGGCUGUGGAACACUCUGUGUGCCUGGAGUUGCUGCGCAAGAAGCAAUAGCAAAGGUCAUGGCUUACGAAAAUGCAAAUGAGGAUUGCCAAACAGCUAUUUUAUCUAUAAAAGAGACAGGUGAUAUUAUGGGAUAUGCUCGAGCCUGUCGUAAUGUUCAGUCUGAAACUAGAAAGAUGCAACUUUUUGCUCAAACUUUGGCAGCUUCUAUAAAUCCACAAAAGGGGACAGUUAAAUCGAAAGUGAAAUGUUUUGGUUGUGGUACCGAGGGACAUAUGAAAUGGCAGUGCCCUAAGGCACUGUCCUGGUCACCUGGAAAUGGAGUCUCCUUCUGGCAUCCCAGCCGAUGGAUCCUUUUGCAGACCUCAUCAAUGAAGACGGUGGUACAGUGCAGAAAGGAUCAGGGGAUGCCAUUCCAAACAAUGGCGGCAUUAUCACUGACCAGUAAACAUCGACAUCAUCAGAAAAAGUUAUCACCUCCCACUUGGGGUCAAUUGAAUGCCUUGACUUCUAAGGCUCGGUCUGUGGUUAAUCAUACAGGAAAAGAGCUUACCCCAGAACAUCUACUUUUAGCUAUGUGUGCUUUGAUUACUUGCACUUCUGCUGCUGAAACUGAGGUAAUAUAUUGCGCUCAUGUACCUAAUCCCCCUCUUCUCCAUCCCUAUACUUGGAAGGAACCUACUAUAGUAGUCACAACUUUUCCUAUGAAUGUGUUGUCUCCACCCUAUGGAACAGGUUAGCCAGAUUAUCCUAAUGAGGAAGGGACUGUUUUUAAUUAUACUCAAUUUGUGUCUUCUGAUAUUAUGUGCUUUGAAACUCCUCCUUGUUAUCCUAUAAGACAAGACAGCAGAAUUGGAUCGUUCCUAGUGGUAUUUGGAAUAGGAGUCGAAUUCGUAUGGUGCACCUCUCCACUCAGUCCGUAGGUUCCGAUUGGACAGAAUAUGAGGACACAGGUGCCCCGGCUAUGUCAGAAUGUGAAGGCUUCUCUUACGGUUGGAUAAAUGACUAUAAACCUUUGGUAUGGCAAAAUUGUAGAGGAAUGAAAGGAAAAAUUUAGAAGUUUCCAAAAUCAUACUUGGAUUGAUUGGGUCCUUUGGGAAGUUGGUUAAAAGGUUGUAGUGAUUAUAACAAGUCCAGCCCAUUUUGUAUCUUGAAUGAUACUGUUCCCAUGAGUAAUAAUAUAAAAAAUGGCAGGCUUAUCGCUUGGGUGGAUAGAGGAAUAGCUAAUCCUCGACCUCAGAUAAGAAUAUGAUCAAGAUUAUAGUCUCCUCAAUUACAUGUAUGGAAAUUAUUAGCUGCCUUUAAGCCUGUGGAUAUUUUAAAUGGCACUUAUGCUGGUACUAAGUCUUCUCCUGCAUAUUACAACUUUUUUAAGUUUAAAACCUAUAAUGUUACAGCUUGUGUACAUUUCCCUUUAGCAAUAUUAAUAGGACCCAUAAUCAUACAGGGGAUGAAGCUAACUUGUCAAAAUUGUCAUCCAUAUACUUGUCUUAAUAAUUCUAUAUUGUUUAAUCAAUCUUUUGAAUCAGUCAUGAUUUUAACUCAAAGAAAUUCUUAUGGAUUCCAGUGAAAAUGUAUCAUCCCUGGGAAAGCAGUCCUGUUCAAGGACUAAUUGUGUGAUUUUUUAAGACUGUUACGAUGAAGCAAACAUAUGAUUAGCUUGAUUAUUGCCACUAUUUUGGGACUCAUUGCUUUAGCUGAUACUGCUACUACUGCUGGUAUGGCACUUCAGAAAUCUGUACAAACUCAAGACUUUAUUGAACAUUGGCAUGAUGAUUCUCAUAAACUUUGGACACAUCAGGCUCAGAUUAACUCACAACUACAGGAAGAAAUUGUGGCUUUACAAGGGGGGGCUAUAUUAGUUGGGAAAUAAGCUAUUAGAAUUGUAAAAAGCUGUGCAAUAUGUAUGUGAUUGGAAUUCUCAAAUUUGUAUUACCCCAUAUAAAUAUAAUGAUUCCAAAUAUGAAUGGAAAAAUAUAGAAUUGUAUUUUCAAGGUAAAAUGAAUAAUGUAACGUUUAAUGAGAUACAAUUACAGGAAGAGAUAUAUGAGAUAUUUUCAGAGGAAAUACCUUCUACAAGUUCUAUUGAUCAAGUAGUUACUACCUUAGCGAAUACCCUUUCUGGUCUUGAUCCUCGAGGAUGGUGGCAAAGUUUUUCACAUAGCCUUGGAUCUUCAGCUGUUAUUUUUAUAAUACUUUUGUGCGUAGUGUUAGUAGGGUAUAGAUGUGUUCUUGGAAUCGUAUCUCGCCUUACUAAUAAGCAAUCUGCUGAAACAUUAAUUACUGCUUUGCAUUUUCAGAAUGAG